CCUCCCCCGGCUCUGGAGGCAGGAAGAAGCCGCCCCCCACACCCCCCCGGGGGCAGACAGAGCCGGGGCAGCGGAUAGGCACCGGGUGCCACGUCGUGCCAUCCUCCCUUUCCCGGCCCGCCCGGGGUGGGGGCACCGAGGCCGCAUCCCCGCAUCCAUCCCCGCUCCCCGUUUGCGGCGGCGGCGGGGGGGUCCCCCCCUUUUGGCGGAUGCUUCGCGUUUCCCCGGAGCUUUGGUGCUAAAUGCUGAGCGCCGACAGGAUGGAGGAGUUUCAGAGCGAGGAAGAGGAGCCCUGGUACGACCAGCAAGACCUGGAGCAGGACUUGCAUUUGGCUGCGGAGCUGGGGAAGACGCUGCUGGAGCGCAAUAAGGAGCUGGAGGACUCCCUGCAGCAGAUGUACGCCACCAACGAGGAGCAAGUGCAGGAAAUCGAGUACUUGACCAAGCAACUAGAGAUGUUGCGGCAGAUGAACGAACAGCAUGCGAAAGUCUACGAGCAGCUGGACCUGACAGCACGGGACCUGGAGCUAGCUAACCAGAAGCUCGUGCUGGAAAGCAAGACAUCCCAACAGAAGAUACAGUGCUUGACGGAAACGAUCGAGGGGCUGCAGAACCAAGUGGAGGAGCUGCAGAAGCAGGUGGAGGAAAUGCGGAGCUUGGAGCAGCUCCGCAUUCGGCGGGAGAAGAGGGAACGGCGCCGAACCAUCCACACCUUCCCCUGCCUUAAGGAGCUGUGCUCCAGCCCCAGGUAUGAGGACGCGUUCCAGGUCCACAGCUCUUCCACAGAGUUCAACCAGAAGCCACUAGAGAGGGAAAACGAGCGUCUCCAAGCCAUGGUGAACUCCCUGAGGUCCCAAGUCAAUCAGGAGAAGCAGCGGAAGGAGAGGGUUGAGCGAGAGUACACCUCUGUCAUUCAGGAGUACUCGGACCUCGAGCAGCGAGUGUGCGAGAUGGAGAACUGCAAACUGCGCAUCAAGGAACUGGAAGCAGAGCUCCUAGAGCUACAACAGAUGAAACAAGUCAAGAAGUAUUUGCUCAGCAGAGAAGACAACUUGUCCGAGGCCCUCCUUGAGCCACUGAAUAACGCCCCAGAAGCUGACUACAUCGACCUCUCUGAGGAGGAGGGAGGGAAAAGCCACGGGCCCUCAAUGACACCUUCCCCAAACCACCCUGUCCGGAAAAGCUGCAGUGACACGGCCCUCAAUGCCAUCGUGACCAAGGAUGCCGUGAGCCGGCACGAGGGCAAUUACACGCUGCACGCCAACAACGUGCGCAAGCGGGGCAUGUCCAUCCUGAGGGAAGUGGACGAGCAGUAUCACGCCUUGCUGGAGAAGUACGAAGAGCUCCUGAGCAAAUGCCGGCAGCACAAGGACAGUGUGCGCCACACAGGGGUCCAAACGUCCCGGCCCAUCUCCCGCGACAGCUCCUUCAGAGACUUCCGAGGAGAGGGACACGAGUUGGAAGAGCGGAAAACCAUGGAGAAGACCAUCAGCAAACACGUGGAGGCGGUGGACAAGCGGCUGGAGCAGAGCCAGCCCGAGUACAAGGCUCUUUUUAAGGAGAUCUUCUCCCGCAUCCAAAAAACAAAAGCAGACAUCAACGCCACGAAGGUGAAAAACAAGAGCAGCAAAUGAGUUCCUGCCCCUUCCGCAAACUCCCACGUGCAAUCGCAACAGCCAAGUCUUCUCCUCAGCCCCAGGAACCGCCACGUGGCCCCACUGCUUUGAAGGUUCGCGAGGUCUACAAGCAAGAAAACGUCACGGAGACUCAACUCACUUUUUUUUUUUUUAAAGCUUGGGCUCCGGACAACUCACUGGGACAAUUGUACAUUGUAGUUAGAGGAUUUCAGAAACUGUAUGAUGGAUCUCUGCAUGAGUUGCUGCCGCUGCCAGACAUCACAACAGCAACGUCAACCACACCACGAAAAAAGAAAACCAAUCGCCUCCUCCACCCUUUUCAGCUUGUCUUACGGCCCAGUUAUCUGCAAGCGAAAGCCUGGAUGUCCUCCAGCGUCCUGCCACAGCUGGAGCACGGUGUUUUAAAGUAAAAUGAAAAGCCAUCAGAACUCCAGGGGCUGCUCCAGCACAGCAGCCCAACCCUCCACGUUGGUUUUAUGGCUAAGAACCUACGCUUGUACCAGAGCGACGUUCUUCCCCACCUUCCCCAAAGGGCAGUAUGUUCUUGCUGUUUAAGCCAUUCUCUUAUCAGUCAGGUUUUUCAGCUACUUACAAUGCAAGCUCAUUGCAACUGGAAAAACUUGAAGAGAAACUUAAAACUGAUUGUUCUGUCUUCAUCAGCGUCGCUUAGUAUUUCAGUCCAUACCCUCCAGACUUUUGUAGGCACAUGGGAUUUCCUCCCUUUAAGUCUGCCCCAGUAUUUCAGCCCGGGUGAAGCACUGUGCCUGGUAGGAACCCGAUGACCAGGGCUUUCCCAAAAGCUAGACAAGAAGUGCUAUUACAGUAUCAGAGACAUGCUUUCAUCUCACGGUCUGGGCACCAAACCUCUGUGCUGAGGGCUCUUCAAGAGGUUGCCAUUGCCCUGUUGUAGCAAACCCCUCGAAUACAGCUUGCAUGGGCUUGCAGAGCUGGCUACCAGUGGCUUGCACGCAAGCAGAAGGACAAAGCACCACACACACGGAGCCAGGAGCCCUGGCCAUGGCAGAAGCACUGACCACACAUCACCCCACACUUUUGCUCUGAACAUCUCCCCAGUCGAGAGGGCAGAUCUCAGCUCUCUGCUGAAAAUAAGCUUUCUGGGCUGAGGCACUGUCUCCAAAGGCUGUCACCUCUCCUGUUCCAGUUCACUUUCCAGCACUGAAAUCUCCUCACCUUCGCUUCCACAGACAUACAAACACACAGCCAAAAGGCCACGGCAGUCUCAGGAAUCACCAGUUUCCAUUUUUCAUGGACUAGAUGUUGACCAUGAAUGGUCAGACAGGCAUUUUAGGCAGAGAAGCGGCAUUUCAUUACAGUUUAGGCACCACCCCGAGCACCGAGCCACCAGAAACGAGCAGUUCAGUGUAAGCUACCUAUUCUGUACCGGCCUGGAGACAAACUUCAGGCCAGAUUUGGAUUCUGUUUUCACCAGUUUCCAUCCCAAAAAUCUUGGGGAAAUGGCUGGGAUUUUUGCAACAGUGAGAUAAAUAAACGAGAAUCUGGCUUUGGAGGGGGAAGACUGUUAAAAUCAUAGAAUCAUAGAAUUUCCCAGGCCGGAAGGGACCUCCAAGGGUCAUCUAGUCCGACCUCCCCACAGUCAGCAGGGACACCCCCAACUAGACCAGGUAAUUAACCUCCAAGUCCAGGGCCUUGACGUUACGAGGAGCUACCUUUAUUUCACUUACCAUGGAGUUAAUGGAAAAAUACCCUCCAAAAUACCCUCUUUUGUUAAGCUGAGUACCACGGAGGUAAGCUGGCAAGGAGUGCAAUGCCCAAAUCACACCCGCUCAAGAGGUCUUCUCCUCAGCCCACCCACCACCAAGGCUCCGCUCUUCCACGCUCUGCAUUUUCAGGUGCCCCAUGGCCCCGAACUCGAGGACGGUCGGGAGCCAUACGCACGGACUGUGGCUACCAGCUCUGUAACAGUAUGGAGAACCUUCAUGCCUUAUUUAUUUAUAACGGAAAGCAGUUGUCUAAUAAAAUAAAAUAAAUAAAAAUGAACAACAGCAGCAACAAAAGCGUCGUUGCUGAUUUUGUCGGAGCAUUCACCACCCUGUUAAUUCAACUCUUGUGGCAGGGGGUGUCUGAAGCAGCGUUGGUUUAAGUCAGCUGGUGUUUACUGUCAGUCAGCUGGGUGCUGCAGAGGUGUGGGGAGAGGAUCGCCUUCACUUUCCAUUUUAAACAAUCCUGCGUGAAUCACCACCACAGUUAAGUGUACAGCAGAUUAAAUAUAUUUUCAAAUGCCUUAUUCUCUUCCUGAAUAAAAAAGAAAUACCAGGCUUCUCAAA